AUGGAGGCUUUGAAGCUUUUUUCUCUCUACAUUGCUCUUGUUCUAACUCUCUCUCACUCUGCUUCAGAUGUCGAGUUGAUUUUGCAAAAGCUCAAGCCUUCACUAAAUGGGAAUUCGGAGAAUUUCCUGUUGUCUACAUGGAAUGCUUCUGUGCCUCUCUGCCAGUGGAGAGGCCUCAAAUGGGCCUUCAACAAUGGCACUUCUUUGGUUUGUACUGACCUCUCUUCGCCGCAAUGGACCAGUCUUUCUCUGUACAAAAACCCCUUUUUGCACCUCAUUUCUCUUCAACUCCCAUCUGCAAAUCUAUCAGGGGUACUACCUAGAGAGAUAGGGGAAUUUUCAAAUCUUGAAAGUCUUUAUCUUGGUGUGAAUGCACUUUCUGGGACAAUCCCUUUGGAGCUUGGGUACAGUUCUUCUCUAUCAGAUAUUGAUUUGAGCCACAAUUUGCUUACUGGGGCUUUGCCAACAUCCAUUUGGAACCUCUGCGAUCGCUUGGUUUCGCUUCGGCUACAUGGUAAUUCUUUAUCUGGUUCUCUUCCUGAUCCUGCAUUACCUGAUGCUACUUGCAAGGAUUUGCAUUUUCUUGAUUUGGGACAAAACACGUUUUCUGGGAAUUUUCCGGAGUUCAUUACUAGGUUCAAUGGACUUAAAGAGCUUGAUCUUGGGAACAAUAUGUUUUCUGGUCCAAUUCCAGAGAGUAUUACUGGGCUAAAGUUGGAAAAAUUGAAUCUUUCGCACAAUAAUUUUAGUGGGGUGUUGCCAAAAUUUGAGGAAUCAAAGUUUGGGGUGGAGGCUUUUGAGGGGAAUAGUCCUACUCUUUGUGGGAAACCCUUGAGAUCUUGUGGUGGAAGCUCGGGAUUGAGUUCCGGUGCAAUUGCUGGAAUUGUCAUUGGUUUGAUGACUGGAGCUGUGGUUCUUGUCUCAUUGUUGAUUGGGUAUUUUCAAGGGAAGAAACGGAAGAAUCUGGACGAUGAGGAGGAGGAAUUUGAGGAACUAGAGGAUGAAGAAGAAGGUGGCGCUGCUGGCGGUGGUGAGGGGAAGUUAGUCUUCUUUCAGGGCGGUGAGCAUUUGACAUUGGAGGAUGUCUUGAAUGCAACAGGGCAAGUUAUGGAAAAGACGAGUUAUGGGACUGUGUACAAGGCCAAAUUAGCCGAUGGAGGAACCAUUGUUUUAAGGUUGUUGAGAGAGGGUAGUUGUAAAGAUAGAAGUUUGUGUUUGCCUGUGAUUAAGCAAUUGGGACGAAUUCGACAUGACAGUUUGAUUCCAUUGAGAGCUUUCUAUCAAGGGAGAAGAGGGGAAAAGCUUCUCAUUUAUGACUAUCUACCGAACAAAACUCUCUAUGAUCUUUUACAUGAAUCCAGAGUCGGAAAACCAGUGCUGAGUUGGGCUAGGAGACACAAGAUUGCUUUGGGAAUAGCCAAGGGAUUAGCUCAUCUUCAUGGUCUUGAGACACCAAUAACUCAUGGGAAUGUGAGAUCGAAAAAUGUUCUUGUUGACGAUUUCUUUGUGGCCAGGCUCAAUGAGUUUGGACUUGACAAGAUAAUGAUUCCAUCUGUGGCUGAUGAAAUAGUUGCACAAGCUAAAACUGAUGGCUACAAGGCGCCGGAACUACAGAAGAUGAAGAAAUGCAAUUCCCGAACCGAUGUUUAUGCAUAUGGAAUACUUCUACUCGAGAUUUUACUCGGCAAAAGGCCUGGUAAAAAUGGAGGAAAUGGGGGGUUUGUUGAUUUGCCUUCACUAGUGAAAGUGGCAGUUUUGGAGGAAACAACAAUGGAAGUGUUCGACGUGGAGCUGUUGAAGGCAACAAAGAAUCCCAUGGAAGAAGGGCUCGUUCAAGCAUUGAAACUUGCAAUGGGAUGUUGCGCUCCUGUGGCUUCAGUUCGACCUACGAUGGAUGAGGUUGUUAGGCAGUUGGAAGAGAAUCGACCGAGGAAUAGGUCCGCUUUAUACAGCCCUGCUGAAACUCGGAGUGGAAGUGGUACCCCUUUCUAA